CUGUCAACCACAAAGGCUAUGUUCUGCGUCAUGGUCUGAGACAGUAAAUGCUCCCGAAUGCCAGGUGCUGGAACCAUAGGAGGGAAGACUGCAGCCCUUGUGCUCGGGUCCUGUUUGCGGGUUUUCCUUUUUCGGCAUUUGGGGUUGACUACUGUGAGGACAGGUCACUGGACUGAGUUGGCCACUAGCCUGAUCCUGCAGGCUCUUCCUAUGCUCGUGUUUUGCCCCUGGGCAGUGAUGGCCACUAAUUUGGAUGGCUUUUAAAGAGAAUUAGCUGAAUUCAUGGAGGAGAUAAGCUACUGUCAAUGGCUGCUGAGCAGGAUAGCUAUGUUCCACCUCCUUGAUUGGAGGCAAUAAUGCUUCUGAAUACUAGCUGCUGGAAACCAUGGGAGGGGAGAGUGUUCUUGUGCUCAUGUUCUGGUAUCUGGUCGGCCACUGUGAGAACAGGUUGCUGGAUUAGAUGGACCACUGACCUUAUCCAGCAGGCUCUUCUUAUGUUUGUGAGUGAGGUACUGUAGUGAUCCUCUCUUCUCAGUGUUGAAUUUGAAAGAGCCAAAGUACAGUCACGUGAGGAGCUGGUGACCUUCAAGAAGGCGUCUGUGUAUCUUUCUGGGUGGGGAGGAGUGGGUUCAGCUGGUACCUUCUGUGUGCAAAGCAGGUACUCUAUCUCUGAGUUGUGGCCUCAGCACCAUCCCACACCAGCUGUGUCAUCUAGGGUCAUUUAGUCCAGCCCCCUGCAGUGCAAUAACCACAGCUAAGGAAUACCUGACAAGUGGCUGUCCAGCCUCCCUUUCAAAACCUCCAGUGAAGAGGUUGAUGCCUUUGCCUUUUUCGGUGCUUAAUGUCAUUGGUAGGUUUAGGAUGAGAUGGUGCAUCUGUGCUGCUUUGACUGCUCAGAAACACCUCCCCACCCCCCACAGUUAUUAUGUUUAUUUUCCAUUUUGUUUCUUUGUAAGGCUGGAUUCCUGUGCACGCUUAUCCGAGGGUUUGUCAACAUGACCAAGAGAACUGAUAGCCUCCACUUCCAGUUCGACAACUAUGGGGACUCGAUGCUGCAAAAAAUGGACAAGCUGAGGGAAGAGAAGAAGUUUUGUGAUGUCACGGUCCACAUAGACAACCUUGAGGUUCACGGCCACAAGAUAGUCUUUGCUGCUGGCUCCCCUUUCCUAAGGGAUCAGUUCCUGCUGAAUGACUCCAAGGAAGUGAAAAUCUCCAUCCUCCAGAGUUCGGAGGUUGGGAGGCAGCUGCUUCUGUCCUGCUACACUGGUGUCCUGGAGUUUCCCGAGAUGGAGUUGGUGAACUACCUGACGGCGGCUAGUUUUCUUCAGAUGAGCCACAUUGUGGAGCGCUGCACACAGGCCCUGUGGAAAUUCAUCCGGCCAAAACAUCAGCUUGAAAACAAGGAGGAGGGGAAGCAGCCGCAGCAGACUGACUCUUCAGAGCCAAACGAGUGCCCAAGGAUGGGGAGUAAGGAGGAGGAGGAGGAAGAUGACUCCUUGCUUCCAGACUCUCCAUGCAUCCAACCCUCUGAAGACAGCCUGGACAUGGACGAUAGCGACAUCCAAAUUGUGAAGGUGGAGUCCAUUGGGGAGGUUGCAGAGGUCAGAAGCAAGAAGGACCAGAACCAGUUUAUUUCCUCAGAGCAGCAGAACAGCCUCCACUCAUCAGAGCCUCAGCACUCCCUCAUCAAUUCCACGGUGGAGAACCGAGCUGGUGACCUGGAGCAAGGCCAACUCCACAACUACACCCUCUCGUACAUGGGGGGAGACAGCCUCAUCAUGGCUUCCAAAGACAUGUUUGGCACCAGCAACCGGGGGGUGGACAAAGGCCUUCAGUGGCACCACCAGUGCCCCAAGUGCACACGUGUUUUCCGGCAUCUGGAGAACUACGCCAACCACUUGAAGAUGCACAAGCUUUUCAUGUGCCUGCUGUGCGGCAAGACCUUCACACAGAAGGGCAACUUGCACCGGCACAUGCGGGUGCAUGCGGGCAUCAAGCCCUUCCAGUGCAAGAUCUGUGGGAAGACCUUCUCGCAGAAGUGCUCCUUACAGGACCAUCUCAACCUGCACAGUGGGGACAAGCCCCACAAAUGCAACUACUGUGACAUGGUUUUUGCCCACAAGCCCGUCCUUAGGAAGCACCUCAAGCAGCUCCAUGGCAAGAACAGCUUUGACAACGCCAAUGAGAGGAACGUCCAGGACAUUGCCGUGGAUUUUGACUCCUUCAGCUGCAGCUCAGGCACAGACUCAAAAGGCUGCCAGCAGGCCGAGGCCAGUCAGGUGCUGGACACCGGGAAACUGGCACAGGCAGUGCUCAGUUUGCGGAGCGAAAGCGCCUGAGCGAGUUGAAAUGGGUGGUGGAGCACCUCUCUAUGAGCAUUGGGGCAAGAAGAGCCGUGAAGAGCUGCUUCAGGCUUUGGACUGGGGUAUCAGCCUAAGACAGGAGUGCCUGGCGUGCUCUGGUCCAUGGGGUCACGAAGAGUCGGACACGACUAAACAACAACAACAUCAGCCCAAGAGGCUCUGCUGGAUGAGCUGUGGGGGCUGAACUGAAAAUUGUAGCAAGUCUUCUGCCCUAGAGUGGUUUGAUGUGUUUGGUGACUCCAAGUGUCUUUGUCCCUAGUGUGGAAAGAACAGAGGCCUAAGCCUGCCUCCUUUGAUAUUUAGGUAAGGCAGCGCUGGAUGGCCCCCUUUUUUUGAAGGGUAGUUGAAUUGUACCUCCAAGAAGCAGUUACCAGUUUGUGGGCUGAAAGAGCAAAUACAGACAUACCCUGUGAUAGAUAUGUUUUUCAACGGGGGGGGGGGGGAUUUUGAGUUCUUAUGGGGAGAAAGCACUGGAUAAUUAUAAGCUCUUAAUAUUUGUUAGUCCAUCUGUGAUUUUUUAAAACUGUAUUGUUUAACAUUGGA